UCUACUAUAAACUAGCCAUACGAAUAGAUAAACAAACGUUUUGAACGCCUUGGCAACCAUGGCAUGAUGGGCAUGGAGAAUUGUUUCCCUUUUUGCGUAUAGUUUGUAUGAACUGCAAGAUGCAGGAUGCACUUGCUCCUGUGCCGGAACCCACCAGCAGCUGUGGCGGCGGUGGUGGUGGUGGUGAUGAAGGCGAAGAUGCUGGACAAUCAGAACAAGUGGAAUCCACCAGUAAUUGUACCAUUUGUAGAGUUGCAAAACUAUCUGCCCUGGACAUGAGUUCCAACGAGGUAAUGCAGCGUCGUCUACGGCGUGACUGGAAGAUGGCGGCGGAUGUCAUCCAGUCGACAUUGAAAACUAUUUGCGUUGAGUGUGUCUGCAAAUUGAAUAUGCAUUCGGAGGUCACACGUUCUCUGAUGCAGAGAAUGCAGCGUCUGCAGCGACAGAAGGACGAAGGCAAAGAAGCGCCCAUCGAUGAGGGCGGUGGAGAUGCCAAUGUUAGUACAACAACCAUAACUCAUACAAGUCCACCGCCCAUAGCUGAUGCCGAGGUGUCUACCACACUGAUCGAAAGUCAGGACACCAUGUACACUAGUUCCUCCCUUUCGACUUGCUCGGAAUUGGAGGCGUAUUCGUCACAACCACCAGAAUCCCCGACGGCCACAGAAUCGGGUGGUAUCCGUAAUAAUAGUGGACCGCAAGCCUCAAAUGGUUGGAAAUGGCGAACUCGACUCCUGUGCCAGUAUUGUGGAAGAGCUUAUUUUCGCAAGGAUUACUUUACAAUGCACUCACGUCGCUGCUGGCGUCGUAAUCCACAGCACACACCUGCAAACAAGCCCAAAUGCCGUGUACUCAAUGAAGCAGAAGCUAGACAGGAACAGGAUGAGCCAGUGCAGCAUUUGUGCAACUUGUGCGGAGCGGAGUUUGAUGCCAAAUAUGAAUGGGAAUUGCAUCAUACCAUUUGCAGUGCCAAACAGGAGGCCCUGGAAGAGGAGACUGGAGACAAAGGGCAAGAGCAAAAAGCAAGAAGAUCACGCUCUUUGCGUUCAAGAUCAAGGGCAUGCUCUGUGGCAUGGGAGCAGCAAAAAGAACCUGAAAAUAAUGAUGAUGACGAUGAGGAAGAGGAGGAAGAGAAUGAGGAGUUACUGGAGCAUGAUGAUGAUGAUGAUGACGACGACGAGGAGGAGGAUGAUGAUGAUGACGAUGAUGCUGUUUCAACGGUGGACACCAUGUAUAGUAGACGCAUGAAUUUCACAGGUGAUUGGGUGGUCAAUCAUAGCCGUAGCAAUAGUAACAGUGCUCUAAACAAUCUAUGUCGUGUCUACGAUGAGAUAGAAGAGGGCGAAGAGGAAAUGCAUAUAACCUCUGACAAAGAGUAUGAUCUCUAUUUGCUAGAUCUCCUCAAAAAGCAGGUGAAAAGGAAGUCUUUCACUUGCUUUGUUCCUUCUUGUGGCUAUAAAACGACCACAUUGGAAACUCUCAUGUACCAUGAUUAUAUGAAUCAUUGGAAAAUGAGUUGGUUCUAUUGCCAGAAAUGUGGAGAUGUCUUUACCAGCAAGGUAUUUCUUGACUAUCAUCUGCAUAGACAGAAUCGUGGAUAUUACAUUUGCCACAAGUGCCAGGAUGAGUUUGUGUAUCAGCAUCAACUCGAUCAUCAUCUUUUGCUGCAUAGCAAGGGCAUUAAUUAUUAUUGCAAUUAUUGUCGCCUCGAGUUCUUGAGUGAGACAAAACUUUUGGCCCAUUGUCGGGAUUGUGGUCACAGUCCAAACGAAGAACCGCCCCUCAUUCACAUUGAUCGUACACUCUCGUUUGCCAAUAACAAUACGGAAGCGUCCAAGCCAGAGCGUCCCCAAUUGGUGGCCUAUGCCGAGAGGGAAUUGAUUUUGCCGCAUGUCAAAAUGCCAACCACAAGGCCCAUGCAUUUGGCAAAUCAUAAACCAUUUCGUUUUGCCAUCGGUAUUGUCAAUUUCGAUAAUCGAAAUCCGCCCAACUGUGUUGGUUGCCAGUAGGAAAAGAGAAUAUACGUAUUCUCUUGGCCAUCAGUCUAACCAUUUUAUCGAAUCAUUUUAUUUCGAUUUAAUUCAUAUCAUGUUUGCAAUAUUAACAAUUAGAUGUAUUCAAUAUUGUUUCAACAAAUGUAUUUUUAAAAUGUGUUCGUUUUGGUCUCCCAACUUUUGACAGCCCAAUUCAAGUUCCAGUCAUAGCCAUAAUUUAGAUAAAUGAGAAUUAUGUAUUUUUUUUUCCUAAAUAAAGACUUAUCAUGAAGUAAGAUAAAA